UCUUUAAGUGCUGUAAGAAGAGGAGCAAAUGGUGGGGGGUCUGAUUCUGUGAGCGAAAAGGCUCAAGAACAGAACAUUGCGCAAAUCCUGAGGAGAGGAUAAAAAAGGUAGACAAGACUCCAUUAGUGCUCUACUGGGUACCAUAUUUACGUACUCAAAAAGCAUUUAUUUACACUUUGAUUGUGCAAUAAUUCCUCAAGAUCUGCAAAUUCAAGCCAACAAAGCUUUCUUGCUCAACAGCAGAGAAAGAGAGAGAGAGAAAGCGAGGGCGCAGCAGAGACAAGUAUGGAGGUGGGUCAGAUGCAGAGAACAUGGGUUGAAUAUAUGAAGUCCUUGUUUAGGGAGGUUUUCAUUUUUGUUCGUUUCUUUUGGGUGAAGGGGUUUCUGGAUGGUCAGUUUACACAGCUUCAGCUCCUGCAAGAUGAGAGUAACCCAGAUUUUGUUGUUGAAGUUGUGUCCCUCUUCUUUGAAGAUUCUGAGAGGCUUCUUAAUGAUCUCACCAGAGCCUUAGAUCAGCAAAUUGUGGACUUCAAAAGGGUUGACGCCCAUGUGCAUCAAUUUAAGGGUAGCAGCUCUAGCAUAGGUGCACAGAGAGUUAGAAAUGCCUGCAUUGCUUUCCGCAACUUCUGUGAAGAGCAGAACUCUGAAAUGUGCCUGAAAUGCCUGCAACAAGUAAAGCAAGAGUAUAAUCUUGUGAAGAACAAGCUUGAAAAUCUAAUCAGGCUGGAGCAACAAAUCGUGGCAGCUGGUGGGUCAAUUCCCAUGGAAGAAUUGAGUUUUUAAGGUUAUCUACUGAAAUUGGGGGGAGAUCACUAUAGAUAUAUAUAUUUUUUUGCUUUUGGUCUUUGUGCUUCAUUAAUGUGCUUUAUUAGAGUUCUGUGAAGAUAAAGAGUCUCAUCUACUGUCACUUGUCAUUUAUGAAGAGAACCUUUGCUGUU